ACAUUGCACGAAAGACGUUUUAUUCGUAUUUCUCUGCAUAAGGCAUAUAUACUGAAAUUGGGAUAAUUACAUGGAAAUCCACUUUAUAAAGUGGUUAUAACAAGUUGGUCGUUACUAGUGUAAUUGGUUAUUCCAGGGAGUUGUUCGUAAUGGAAGCAAGGAUUGAAAAAGGACAUUCGUCAACAAGGCGUUCACUACAGAGCUUGAGAAACAACUCGUACUCAGUUCUGGAUGAAGAUCCGGGGUCUAGGACACGUUUGGAAAUUGAAGAUAUAUGCACUUCAAAUGCAAGUACAAGCGAUAGAGGUAUCCAGUUUAAUAGUAGGCCUAGACCAUGUCAGCAAGUUUUGAUAACAAAUGAAGAUAAAAACAUUAAACACGGUGUUGAAAAUAAAGGAGUGCGUCUACAGAAAAAAAAUAAAUGGAAGCACAGACUAAUGAAGAAGAAACGAGAACAUGUAUCAACAGAAUUCUUAGUGAUCGAAGAGGAUCAAGAUUUCCAUAACGAUCAUCCAAAGAAUAAGAAGAACAAGAAGAAGAAUAAGAAAAAGAUAAAUAAGAAGUAUGAGAAGGAAUGUUCAUUGACAAAAGAAGAGAAACGAAAAAAGAAAAAGAAGAGAACCAAGAGAAUAAAAAAGGCUGGACUACGUGCAGCCAAAGCUGUCGGUGACGGUUUCCUGCAACUAGGUGCAGCUUUUAGGUACAUGUCACCUAUUGCAACAAUGGCGGAUGGAAACUAUACUUUCGCAGAUAAUAGACGUACCGAUAAUACCAGCUACUUAUAGAGCAACUGAUGACGCAGUAUUGGGGAGUUUUAAGUCAAGAUGACGCGUCAUACUCUGGUGAGCUGCCAUGAAUUUGCGUAGGCCUCCGUGCCGCUUACCGAUAUCGAAUUUAGCCAUUACUUACUUUUUAUUUACGUUUUAUGACGACCUCGACAUAUUAAACGUCUUCGUCUGAAGUAUACUGUAUUAUUUAUAUUUGGUAUCAAGCUAGUCCUACAAAUCUAUCACGCAAAAUGUGACGAUGAAUAGAGUAAUAAACCCUGUAAAUAUUUGUUCAUCAUAUUGUGUACCAAUGUGAUAUUGGCCGUACAAAGUACUACAUUGUUUAAUAAACUUAUCAGUUGUUCUUCCAGUAUGCAAAGUAAAACAUUGAUUCAAUACUAGAAAGAAAAAGCCAGAAAUCAAGCUAAUUUGAGGCGAGAUUCAAGCAUAAAGGGUUCAUGCCAGGAAUGUUGGGUUAUACUUCUUCUCAUUAUUAUUUUGACAGUUCAUAUCUCUGAGGGGAUUAAAUGUAAAUAUAUAUAUCCCUUUCUGGUUUUUAGGUUUGAAUAUUAUGACUCGUGGGCGGUCACUCAAAACUGGAUGAACAAUGAAUGAACUCUAUCAUAAAUUAUUUAAACAUUAAAGAGAUUCAGUUAUAUUUUA